AUGGCUUUGGCUGCUCGAUCACCCUCUGACGGCCUGCUAGCCGGCAAAUCUGCCGGCCGGCGCGCUCUGCCGGUGCUCCGUCAGGCCCCCGUUUCGCUCCUCUGCGCCGUCGACUCCGCCGCGUCCAAGCGAGUGGGCUUCCACGAAGCUUCUAACUCCGCGGUUUUCAAGGCCAAAACGAGCCUAUCAGCGGCGGACUUGCUAAUGCUUCUCAGCCCCACGGUAGCAAGCUCCGCGAAUAUCGGCGCGAUCAACGGCGGACCGUACGCGUGCCGCGAGUGCUCCAACAAGUUCCCGUCGCUACACUCUCUUGACUUCCACUACCAGACGUACCACAGUAAGGACAAGAAAAGCCGCCUGCCGGUUGGCCACCCGGUGGGCGGCAGCAACGACAGCGAGGAACCUGCCGGAAGCGGCUCCGCCGCGCCGAGAAAAAGCGGCACGCCGCCGCCCCCGCGGGUUGCGGGCCGUCGGGCGCACGUCGCGGCGUCGCAAGAAACUCUGGGGGAAUCUGGAAGCGCCGCCAGCGCUGCGGCGGCGUCGCAGAGCCAGGGACGAUCGCCAUCGUUGUCGCCGUCGCCGUCCGCGACGACGAUUCCGUCGUCUGGCGCCGGCGAAGAUGUCGCCGCCGCAGGUGCGAUGGCUGCGGCGACGGGUGCUGCGAAGACAUUGUCGCAGCAGCGGCGUGGCGCGAAACGAAACCGCGCCGACAGCCAGCCUGGCGGGGCGAACCCGUCGGCACCUGCCACGAAACGGGGCGGCAGGCGCUGCGGCGGUGCUGCUUCUGAGAAGUUUCCUGGGCGCGUGAUGGAGCUCGGCGGCUGCGCCGCAGGGGCUCAGAUCGCGACAAUGGAUGCCGGCCGAGCAGAGUCAAUUAAAGUGGAGUCGCAGCGACUCGGACGCCCCGUAAUCGCGGGGAAGAAGUGGCAACCGCCGAGUGUUCUUGUAACGAGCGGUGCUGAUAAGUCUGUGGGUGACGUCGGUCGCGACGGAGGCGCGCUCACUCCGUCGGACACGUCAGCUUUGCAGCCACGUCGGAUCGGCGCGCUCGCAGGGUCCUGCCUGACCCUGACGGAUCGAAUGAACUCGCUGACGUCAUCACUGACGGACCUGACGGCCGCCGGAAGCAAUCCCGUCAGCCCAACGACCCCUACCACCGUGCCGUUGUUCGGGGGAGCUUCUGGCGGCGCCGCGAAUGGCGGCGGAGUUGGCGCCGUGCAUGGCGGCGGUUUCAAUGGGAAGGCUGCAGCGCAGGCGUCUCAGCUGCAGCAGCUGAUGGCUCUGGUGAUGCAGGAGCAGGAGAAGCGGGGGAGACUUGUGCGGAAAACGGAGCACACUGUAACGGAGCAGAGAGUUGAGCGGCCUGAGCCUCACUGCCUGCAGCCCCAACGGUCGGUGGCCACAUCAGAUGCUAAGGGGAUUACCUCUUUAAAUGCAUUAUGGUCUAUGCAGCCUCCGAACCCAACCAGCAGCUGUCAAGCACAAAGGCCCUCACCUGCGAAUCCUUCACUCGCCACAGUUCGUCAGGUGAUAACCAAUGCUACUUCUGGCGCGCCUGGUGCCGGUUCCCCGUCGUUUCCUGCUCUGGCUCGUGCUGACGGGAGGCAGGGACCUGGUGACGUGGCAGGAAGCCAGCUCAGCAUGCUGGUGGCUGUGCUGGCAUCGAGCCUUGGUCAGCAGAAGGCACCAGUAGCAGCAGGAGAGGGAGCAGUAAUGAUGCAGGAGUGCAGGGAGAUGGAGCUAUUGAAUUGUGUCAAGGGGCAAGGAAUUGCAGGGCCUGCUGCUAUGGUGCAAUGCAGGGAGGUGGACUUAAGUCUUAGACUGCAUCAUUGGGAGAGUAGUGUGGGCAGCCCCUCAGAUUCCAGCAUUUUUACCUGGGAUGAUUAG